AACCGCGUAAACAUCGGAGCUCUCAGCCCGCCACUGGUUUUGCAGCGGGAGGUGGUGGCCGCUGGAUCCCGAGAGGGGGAUUUUCCUCUGCCAAGAUGGCUUCUAAAAGGCGAACUUUGAGCUUCAGUGAAAGGCAUCAGAAACGAGUUGAUAUAAAUUACUGCAAACAACUGCAUGUCCAAUCAAUAAGAAAGAUACAAAAUCAAAUCAGGGAUCAAAUGGUGCAGAAUGAAAAUAAUGACCUCGUGGAGCGCAAGAGAUUCCUCAGAUUAUUACAGAAUGAACAAUUUGAGUUGGAUAUGGAAGAGGCCAUUCAAAAGGCAGAAGAAAACAAAAGAUUGAGGGAACUCCAGCUUGAACAAGAAGAAAAAUUGGCUAUGGAAUUGGCAAAACUAAAACAUGAAAGUCUAAAGGAUGAAAAGAUGAGGCAACAAGUAAGAGAAAACAGUAUUGAGCUCAGGGAAUUGGAGAAGAAAUUAAAAGCAGCUUACAUGAAUAAAGAAAGGGCAGCUCAGAUUGCAGAGAAGGAUGCCAUUAAAUACGAGCAAAUGAAACGUGAUGCUGAAAUAGCUAAAACCAUGAUGGAAGAACACGAGAGAGCAAUUAAGGAAGAAAGUGCUGCAGAAGACAAACGGAAUAAAGUAAAAGCACAGUAUUACCUUGAUUUAGAGAAACAACUUGAAGAACAAGAAAAGAAAAAGCAGGAAGCGUAUGAGCAGUUACUAAAAGAGAAACUCAUGAUUGAUGAAAUUGUUAGGAAAAUCUAUGAAGAAGAUCAAUUGGAAAGACAACAAAAGUUAGAAAAAAUGAAUGUAACUCGAAGGUAUAUAGAAGAGUUUCAGAAAGAGCAGGCUCUCUGGAGAAAGAAGAAACGUGAGGAGAUGGAAGAAGAAAACAGAAAAAUCAUCGAAUUCACCAACAUGCAGCAACAAAGAGAAGAAGAUCGGAUGACAAAAGUUCAAGAAAAUGAGGAAAGAAAGCUACAGCUUCAGAACAUGCUGACUCAGAAAUUGGAAGAAAUGCUGCGGCAACGUGAAGAUUUGGAACAAGUACGACAAGAAUUAUACCAGGAAGAACAAGCUGAAAUACAUAAGAUGAAACUAAAAGAGGAAGCAGAAGAGAAAUUGAGAAAGCAAAAGGAGUUGAAGCAAAAUUUUAUAGAACAAAUGGCCCUGAAGGAAUUAGUACUCCAGGCUGCAAAAGAGGAAGAGGAGACCUUUAGAAAGGCAAUGCUAGCUAAGCUUGCUGAGGAUGAUCGGAUAGAACUGAUGAAUGCUCAGAAACAAAGAAUGAAGCAACUAGAACACAGGAGGGCUGUGGAAAAACUCAUUGAAGAGCGUCGCAACCAGUUCCUUGCAGACAAACAACGUGAACUGGAAGAAUGGCAGUUGCAGCAAAGAAGACAAGGAUGUAUUAAUGCAAUUAUUGAAGAAGAAAGACUAAAACUUCUCAAAGAACAUGCAACAAAGUUACUAGGAUAUCUCCCUAAAGGAGUAUUUAAAAAAGAGGAUGAUAUCGAUAUGCUUGGUGAAGAGUUUAGGAAAGUGUAUCAGAAAAGGAGUGAAAUUUGUGAAGCUAAGUGACACCAUCAAGAUUUGGUAAAACCUGGAUUGUUUUUACCACUAGAUGUCACUGUAACUUUUGUUUUACUAAUCUAUUUAGAUUUUCUAAAGUGUCUCUAAUUCAUAAUAUUUUUCUGAUAAAAAAUUAAGCUACAAAAUUGCUUUUAGUUAAACUCGUUCUUGUACUGAUGAUAAUUUGAAGAUCUGAGUUCUACACCACAUCAGGACAGUCUAUAUAAAUAUAAAUACAUUAGAGGCCAAACCCAGGAGACUAACUUCUCCAUACUACUCCUGCUGCUCAGAGCUUUUUCUAAAGUGUCUCUAAUUCAUAAUAUUUUUCUGAUAAAAAAUUAAGCUACAAAAUUGCUUUUAGUUAAACUCGUUCUUGUACUGAUGAUAAUUUGAAGAUCUGAGUUCUACACCACAUCAGGACAGUCUAUAUAAAUAUAAAUACAUUAGAGGCCAAACCCAGGAGACUAACUUCUCCAUACUACUCCUGCUGCUCAGAGCUUUUUCUGCAUUGCCAUUCAGACUACAGUUCCGUUGGUAUUUGUGUUUUAGGAACUUUACUUCCGGGAUUUGGCCAGCCAAAGUAUCUUUUUCUUUCUACUAUAAGGAAAGAGAAUAGUUAAGAGUGAGGAAUUUCAAAGUGCUUUAUUGUCAAUAAAAACUUAGAAUUUGUAUCAAAUAAAUUUAUCAUUUAUGAACUAGAGCUGAAUCUCCAGAACAUAAAGUAGUUUACAUUAGAGUGUAAGUGGGUCAUAAGAAUCAAAAGUUAAAUCCUAUUAUUUUACAAAAUAUUACUUUUCUAAUAAUUACAUAUCAAUUUUGUAUCCCCUAAAUCUGAACAGGGAAUUCACUGGAGUUGCUUUGAUUUCAUUACCAAAUAUCUUCAUUACUUAUAAAGAGUAAAAAUGUCAUUAAAACUAUAGUAAAAUAAAAUGUAUAUGGAUCAUA